AAAGAGAUCACGCCGGCCGCCGAUCUCCCAACACAACCAGACUCCAUGACUGGCGGAAGCGGCGGGAGACGAGACCACGAGUCCGACCGAGACGCAUCGACGGCCUUGCCCGUCCCGGGACCCUGCGCCUCGACGCAGCGCGCGCUCGCCGAGUGCCGCCGCCGCGCCGCGCGCGGGCCGCUGCAGCCCGAGGUGCUGUGCCGCCACCUGAACCGCGCGCUAGCGGAGUGCGUCGUGACCGCGUGCUGCCCCGACGAGAUCGACGCCGUCCGUACCCUCUGCGGCAGCGCUGGCACCGCGCUCAAGCGCAAGCAGUGCCAGCGGGCGCGCAUCGAUCUCGCCCUCUGCCUCGAGGCGCAUCAAGAGCCCUAAAUCCUAAUCUGCUAUCCGUGGUGCAUGUGAGGAAUCUCUUCCCGUGUACAGCGAUUUUCGUUGAUAACCACACAUCUCCGUUCUAUUCUGUAGUCUAUUUAUAUAUUUUGUAAAAUACAAUCUUGUUAUGGAACAUUGGAGCCCCAAGCUCCCAACCAACUGUCUGUAAAUAGGAGUGGUAAUAGAU